GCUGAGCUUCCUGGGAAUUGUAGUUUUAGUUGCCCCAUCCAUCCCGUACGUUCUAGUCGGUAUGGAUUGAGCCGGAAAACUACAACUGCCAGAGUGCUCCGUAGUGGCGAGUAGCCGCGGCGGUGACGACUGUGGCGGAGAAGGCCUGGAGGGGCUCUGCGUUCUGGAGUGGCGCUGCUUGGGCCCGUGGCAGGUUGCAGGCUGCUGGUGCUGGGGCUGAAGAGAACAGCGAGUGGGUUCUGCGUUGCCCGUCGGGGUCUCCGCAACGAUGAGUGCUGCCAGGGAGUCCCAUCCGCACGGGGUGAAGCGUUCAGCCUCCCCAGACGACGAUCUUGGAUCUAGCAAUUGGGAAGCAGCAGACUUAGGUAAUGAGGAAAGAAAACAAAAGUUCUUGAGACUUAUGGGCGCAGGAAAGAAAGAACAUACUGGACGUCUUGUUAUAGGAGAUCACAAAUCAACAUCUCACUUCCGAACAGGGGAAGAAGACAAGAAAAUUAAUGAAGAACUGGAGUCUCAAUAUCAGCAAAGUAUGGACAGUAAAUUAUCAGGAAGAUAUCGACGACAUUGUGGACUUGGCUUCAGUGAGGUAGAAGAUCAUGAUGGAGAAGGUGAUGUGGCUGGAGAUGAUGAUGAUGAUGAUGAUUCACCUGAUCCUGAAAGUCCAGAUGACUCUGAAAGUGAUUCAGAGUCAGAGAAAGAAGAAUCUGCUGAAGAACUCCAAGCUACUGAGCACCCUGAUGAAGUGGAGGAUCCCAAAAACAAAAAAGAUGCAAAAAGCAACUAUAAAAUGAUGUUUGUUAAAUCCAGUGGUUCAUAACUCCCAAACACUUAGUCUUUGUAUUAAAAGUAAGCCUUAUUGUUAUAAUGCACAGUGGAGGACUGCUUAUAGAGCACAGACCUUUGUAUUAUAAUUUUUAAAAAGGCCCUUUUAAAUAAUUACAAAGAGUGUUUGCUUUCAAAUGCCAUGGAUUACACUUUUAUGGGCAUGACUAUUAACCAUUUUUGUAAAGAGUAAGAGUUGUAUAAAAUAAGAAAUAAAUACAAUACUCAAUUUCUUUUCAUAUUAGCAUCAUCAAACCUCUAAUCUCACCUUUUUACCCCUUCAGAUAGUUAUGGGGGAGACACUUUUGUGGUAGCUGUUUCAUCUUUUUUGUUCCUUCAUAUUUUUCUCUUAUAAGAAGUUUAUCUGAUACUGUAAUGUGUUCAUGAAAAAUAUUCAGUUAUUAUACUUUGUUGUAGUAGAACUAUUCAUCAUGGAUAUUUCUGCUGCCAAUAACAGUCUAAAUUGUUUGCAAAAGAUUAGGUACUUAGUUUACUCUUCCUGAUUCAGCUCUACUCUUUUGGACCAAAGCAACAUGAGAGCAAAUACUUUCACACUGGUUAAGAUGGAGUUGCAACUAUCAUACAUUUUGGAAUGCUAUGAUCCCAAGCAGUCUUUAUAUAAUUUGAAUUACAUUGUAUGUUAGAUUUUUGAUAAAUUUGGCCAAUUUUUACAGAAGAAAUUAUUUCUCUGAUUAUUUGGUCCUGUUUAGGAAUAUGUAAAACUGGAUUUUUUUUUUAUGGUAAUAUGUGACCAAAGUUAAUUUUCUUCCUAAGCCCUCAAUAAAGAAAAGCAGUUUCCCAUA